AUGGGUUUUAGCCAGGAACAGAAGCAUGCUGCUGAAUGUCUAACCGUAUUCUAUGGGACCGUCUCGCUGUCCUUCCCAACACUGAACCCUUGUUCUCCUUGUGCUUCCACAGCCCCGCCUGUGGAUGUCCUCAAGGUUCUAGACUUCCACAGCUCCCCAGAAGGAGUCCGCAAGGCUCCAGGCUUCUGCGCGGUCCGGAGGGGCUCCAAACCCGACGUGGCCUUCAGAGUGGGCAAGACCGCCCAGAUCAGCGCCCCCACCAGACAGCUCUUCCCAGGAGGAGUCUUCCCAGAGGACUUCUCCAUCCUGUUCACGGUGAAACCCAAGGUGGGCCUGCAGUCCUUCCUGCUGUCCGUGUACAACCAGCAGGGCAUCCAGCAGCUGGGAGUGGAGGUGGGCCGUGCCCCCGUCUUCCUGUACGAGGACCAGAGUGGCAAGCCCGCCCCCGAGGAGUACCCCCUCUUCCGAUCGGUGAACCUGGCCGACGGGAAAUGGCACCGCGUGGCCAUCAGUGUUGAGAAGAAGACUGUCACCAUCUUUGUGGACUGUAAGAAGAAGGUGACCAGGCCGCUGGCCAGAGGCGACCGGGCUGUCAUCAACACAGAGGGCAUCACUGUGUUCGGCACCAGGAUUCUGGACGAGGAGGUCUUUGAGGGGGACAUCCAGCAGCUGCUGAUCGUGGAGGAUCCCCGGGCGGCCCAGGACUACUGUGAGCACUACAGCCCCGACUGUGAGACCCCCAGCCACGUCGACAAGCCCCAGGCCCAGGAGCCCGAGGAGGAGUACACCAACUACGACUAUGGAGAGUUCUACGAGUACGGGGAAGGGGAGGCGGCCAGCCAGGCCCCGCCCACAGAACCAUCCCGGACCGAGACCAAAGCGGAGGAGUACUACACAGGGGAGUACGACUACGGCACCGUGGACGGCAGCCAGACGGACCCGCAACCCGACAGCACCACACCUGACCAGACCUACGAGGAGGAGAUCGUCGACGAUUACAUCACCGGCGUGGAGCAGGUGGGGGCGGAGCCUACCACCGGCGCCGAAACCGACUACAAGGGGCCCGUGGGUGGCGAGGAAGACUACAAGGGCCCUGUGGGAGCCGAAGAGGACGUCAAGGGGCCCGUGGGCGCCGAGGAAGAUGUCAAAGGCCCCGUGGACGGUGACGCGUACGGGUUCCAGGAGUACGACAUGAAGGAGUACGACAACAAAGGCCUUGACGACUACGGCAGCUACGGCCCCGACGACGUCAAGCCCACCGAGGCUGCGUACGAUGACGAUUUCGGACCCGGCAUCCCCGCGCAGACCGACAUCCGGGAGAGCGACCUGGGUGGACGCCACCAUGGAGAGAAAGGAGAGAAAGGGGAGCCUGCCGUCAUCGAACCUGGUAUGCUUAUUGAAGGACCCCAAGGAGUGCCUGGCCAAGCAGGUAUACCUGGUACCCCAGGGCUGCAGGGUCCCCCCGGCGCCCACGGAGAUCCUGGAGAGAAGGGUCCUCCAGGGCGUCCCGGUAUUCCCGGUUCGGACGGUGUUCCGGGUCCUGCUGGUACCAUCCUGAUGCUGCCGUUCCGCGCCGGAGGAGAGUCCCACAAGGGGCCAGUGGUCUCCGCGCAGGAAGCCCAGGCACAGGCGAUCCUGGCCCAGGCUAGGCUGACUAUGAGGGGUUCUCCGGGGCCAAUGGGAAUGUCUGGCAGAUCUGGACCUGUGGGAGGUCCUGGUUCCCCUGGACUUAAAGGCGAUGGUGGUGACUCCGGUCCACAGGGUCCCAGAGGUCUCCAGGGCUCCAACGGCCCAUCAGGGAAAUUAGGAAAGAGGGGUCGCAAUGGAGCCGAUGGAGCCCGAGGCAUGCCUGGAGAGGGUGGAGGAAAGGGUGACCGUGGUUUCGACGGUCUCCCGGGUCUACCUGGAGAGAAGGGACACAGGGGGGAGCAUGGUCCCACAGGAUCUCCAGGAGCUCCAGGAGACGAUGGUCCAAGAGGAGAGGACGGACAGGUCGGACAGAGAGGCAUGGCCGGAGACAGCGGACCCCGGGGUCUGCUGGGUCCCAGAGGGUCUGUCGGAACUAACGGACAGCGCGGUAUGCCUGGACUUGACGGUCAUGCCGGUCCUAAAGGAAACAUGGGUCCAGGAGGAGAACCAGGACCACCUGGACAACAGGGUCUCGCCGGGCCAAAUGGUCUCAUCGGUCCUCAAGGUCCGAUCGGGGGUCCUGGUGAAAAAGGACCUUCAGGAAAACAGGGUCUGGCUGGCCUGGGCGGAGCUGAUGGGCCCCCUGGUCACCCAGGGAAGGAGGGACCCCCUGGCGAGAAAGGAACAGUUGGUCAUCCUGGUGGCAUGGGAUCUAUCGGCUACCCCGGGCCUCGUGGUGUGAAGGGUGCGGAGGGCAUCAGAGGUCUUAAAGGUGGCAAAGGAGAGAAGGGAGAAGAUGGAUUCCCAGGCUUCAAAGGAGACAUGGGCAUCAAGGGCGACAAGGGAGAGAACGGUGUCCUCGGACACAGAGGAGAGGACGGACCCGAGGGCCCUAAGGGCAAGUCCGGCCCCGGCGGCGAAUUAGGACCCAUCGGAACAGCCGGAGAAAAGGGGAAACUUGGUGUCCCUGGAUUGCCUGGAUACCCUGGUAGACAAGGCUCCAAGGGAUCCAACGGCUUCGUCGGGUUCCCAGGGGCCAACGGAGAGAAGGGCACUCGGGGACUGGCUGGUAAAUCGGGGCCUAGAGGGCAGCGUGGGCCAACGGGUCCCCGCGGAGGUCGUGGUGCCAGGGGCCCCACAGGGAAACCAGGAGCAAAGGGAACCUCUGGCAACGAUGGGCCCCCAGGCGGAUCCGGAGAGAGGGGACCCCAAGGCCCCCAGGGACCAGUCGGCUUCCCAGGACCCAAAGGACCAAACGGCCCCGCGGGGAAGGACGGGCUCCCCGGACACCCCGGACAGAGAGGAGAGACGGGUUUCCAAGGAAAGACCGGCCCCCCAGGACCAGGAGGUGUUGUUGGGCCCCAGGGCCCUACCGGAGAGACAGGGCCCAGUGGAGAGAGAGGACACCCAGGCUCCCCAGGACCCCCUGGUGAGCAGGGUCUACCCGGAGCGGCUGGCAAAGAGGGUGGCAAGGGAGAUCCUGGCGGCAUGGGCAUCUCAGGGAAGUCGGGCCCUCCUGGUCUGAGGGGCUUCCAGGGUACACGAGGUCUUCCAGGGGCCAUGGGUCCAGCUGGCUUGAAGGGAGGAGAAGGCCCCCAGGGAGCCCAAGGCCCCAUCGGCUCCCAAGGAGAGAGAGGGCCCGCCGGCCCCGGUGGCGCCAUCGGUCUGACGGGACGCAACGGCCCCCAGGGGCCCCCCGGCCCCGCUGGAGAAAAAGGAGGACCUGGAGAGAAAGGGCCCCUAGGCCCAGCCGGUCGCGAUGGCAUCCAAGGGCCAGUCGGCCUGCCCGGUUCCGCCGGCCCACAGGGACCUCCCGGAGAGGACGGUGACAAGGGAGAGGUUGGUGGUCCCGGCCAGAAGGGAGGCAAAGGAGACAAGGGUGAACUUGGACCACCAGGCCCUAGUGGCCCCCAGGGUGUGAUCGGAGCUCCAGGACCCGCAGGUACCGACGGCGAGGCAGGUCCCAGAGGUCAGCAGGGCAUGUUUGGCCAGAAGGGAGAUGAGGGCUCUCGUGGAUUCCCAGGUCUGCCCGGACCCAUCGGACUGCAGGGUCUGCCCGGCCCCCCCGGUGACAAAGGAGAGAACGGCGACGUCGGAGCGAUGGGUCCACCCGGGCCCCCUGGCCCCAGAGGUCCCCAGGGGCCGAGCGGAGCCGACGGUGCACAAGGACCACCUGGUGGUAUCGGUUCCAUGGGAGGCAACGGAGAGAAGGGAGAGCACGGGGAGUCAGGCAACCCAGGACCCGCCGGAGAGCCUGGCAUGGGGGGCCCCAGAGGAGAAACCGGCGAGAAAGGUGAAUCCGGACCGCCCGGAGCCGCAGGCCCCGCUGGCGGUCGCGGCCCCUCCGGUGACGACGGCCCCAAGGGAAACCCUGGGCCGGUCGGAUUCCCCGGAGACCCAGGACCCCCCGGAGAGGCUGGUGUCGCUGGAUUGGACGGUUUAGGAGGAGACAAGGGAGAUGACGGAGACGCCGGUCAACCUGGACCUCCUGGUCCAUCCGGGGAGGCUGGAGUACCAGGCCCACCUGGCAAACGGGGUCCCUUGGGGCCAGCAGGCCAGUCGGGUAGACAAGGUGAAAAGGGAUCCAAGGGAGAGUAUGGAGCAGAGGGACCUGUGGGUAAGACAGGACCAGUUGGAGCACAGGGACCCUCUGGGAAAGCAGGUCCUGAAGGACUGCGUGGUAUCCCCGGGCCCGUGGGAGAACAAGGACUUCCGGGUUCUUCAGGUCAAGACGGCCCUCCCGGACCCCUGGGACCCUCCGGUCUCCCGGGCAUGAAAGGCGACUCGGGCCACAAAGGAGAGAAGGGUCACCCUGGUCUAAUCGGUCUGAUCGGACCCCCCGGUGAGUCAGGAGAGAAGGGAGACCGCGGCUUGCCAGGACCCCAGGGUACCGGUGGAGGAAAGGGUGACGCCGGUCUCGGCGGCUCUUCCGGACCUCUCGGACCUCCCGGCCCACCCGGUAUUCCCGGCCCCCAUGGCUCAAAGGGAUCCAAGGGGUCGUCUGGAACCAGCGGUCAGAAGGGAGACACUGGAUUGAUUGGACCCCCAGGACCACCUGGUCCCCCCGGCGACAUCAUCCAGCCCCUGCCCAUCCAGCAGGCCUCCAGGAAGAACAGGCGGCAGGCGGACCAACCCCAGGCCGACGAGCCACUGGCCGACUACGGCAUGGACGCCGCGUACUCGGAGGGCAUGGAGGACGUGUUCGGCUCCCUCAACAACCUCAAGCAGGACAUCGAGCGCAUGAAGUUCCCCAUGGGCACCCAGGACAACCCGGCCAGGACCUGCAACGACCUGCACCUCAGCCAGCCCGAGUUCCCAGACGGUGAAUACUGGAUCGAUCCCAACCAGGGAUGCAUAGGGGACGCCAUUAAGGUCUUCUGUAACUUCACAGCCGGCGGCGAGACCUGUAUCUUCCCAGACAAGAAGUCUGCAGGAGUAAGGAUUUCCAACUGGCCCAAGGAGGCUCCAGGUUCAUGGUUCAGUGAAUUCAAGCGUGGCAAGAUUCUGAACUACGUGGACGUGUCGGAGAACACUGUCAGCACGGUGCAGAUGACCUUCCUGAAGCUGCUGAGCUCCUCGGCGCGCCAGAACUUCACCUACAUCUGCCACCAGUCGGUGGCGUGGUACGACGCCAAGGCCGACGACUACAACAAGGCGCUGCGCUUCCUGGGCUCCAACGACGAGGAGUUGUCCUACGACAACAACCCCUUCAUCAAGCCCCUGUCGGACGGAUGCUCGCAGAGGCAGGGCUACUCCCGCACCGUCCUGGAGAUCAACACCCCGCGCAUCGACCAGGUGCCCAUCAUCGACGUCAUGCUCAACGACUUCGGGGACUCGAACCAGCGGUUUGGCUUUGAGGUCGGCCCCGUCUGCUUCCUCGGCUAGACCCCCCCCCCCCCCCCCCAAG